AUGGCAUUAAAGAUCCCCCAGUCUCUAGAUCUUGGCCGUAAAGGUAGGGUUGGAUUCGAUAUCCUAGAUGUCAUUACACCGCUCGGCACCAUCCACACUCACAUCAAGCAUCUACACUCGUGGGGUCAUGGGUGGGAGGAUUUGAUACCUUCUAUUGGGGUUACCACAAUUGUCGGCAACGGCUUCGGCGACCUUAUUCGGCCCGACAACCCCGACACUGUCUGCAGUCGUUGGAAGUCUAUCCCCGCGGGCAUGGACUAUGUGGCCACUUCUGUUCCACCCUCAAGAUGUUGUACGAAAAACAGCUACAGAGGAUCGAACCAGGCUUGGGCGUCGGCGAGAUCCCAAGCAAGAUCACAUGGGCCACGUCAUGUCAACCAUUCAAGCCAUUUCCUUGGGUCGAAGAAAUUGUGCACGAACAUUAGACCGAGUGGCUCAAACUCGGUUAAUUUGGCAAAGCUUGAGGAGAAUGGAGCGGUGGUAUUUGGGCAUUUGUCAUUGCUAGGCUGA